AUGAACUCGGAAAUCAGGGAGGAAGGCGGCAGAGGGCGCGACAUUCUCAAGGUGAAUCCACGCCUUAUGUUACGACGCAUGCCGCUAACCGCAGCACCCCAAGCCCGUCAAACACAGCGCAAGGACGUGUCGAAAACAUCGAAGUCAACUGCAGAUCUGAAAGUCGCUGGAUGGGUCAUGCGGGCGGUCGCCCAGGAUGCGCCGGUGCGCCCAGUGACCCAGGCUCUCGAAUGGGGCCGUCUGCGUGGCAUAGAGCGGUCUAGAGUGAGCGUGGGAGUCAUUUUUUGGAGAGGGAUGCUUGCAGUUGGAAUGCGCCGUCAGCUCGCUCCGUACGAUGGGAAGACGCAAGUGGCAGAAGGCUUGUGGACGGGCCAAUUCCUCGACGUGGCUCCGCCGUCGAGCACGCCGGGAAGCUUCGCAAUCCGUACGCUAUCGCGCGACCCCGGCUCAGUC